CAACCCGUCUGGACUUCAAGUUGAGAUUCAACAAACUAAGAGUGAAUUUGGCUGGGGUUCCGCCGUCGAUGCUAAUAUGAUCGUCGAUGGAAACAAAAAAGCAUAUCAAAACUUCUUCUAAGAUAUCUUUGAAUGGGCUGUUCUGGAAAAUGCCAUGAAAUGGGGAGCUAUCGAGGGAUCUAAAGGCAAUUAUAACUAUGACACUCCUCUUCGUGCUGUCAAGUCGAUGGAAUCAAAAGGCAUUAUCAUGAGGGGGCAUAACAUAUUCUGGGGAGGUGAUUUCGUCCCCAACUGGCAGAAAUCUAUGUCCGGAUCUCAACUGAGACCAGAGCUAGAGAAACACAUCCAGGGUAUGGUUGGUCAUUUCAAGGGAAAAUUUAGACACUGGGAUGUGAACAACGAAAACCUCCAUCUUCAUUUCUACGAAGAUAAACUGCAUGAUCAGUAUAUAACACAAUGGAUGUUCAGAGAAACCAAAAAGUUGGACCCAUCGGCAAAGUGUUAUUUAAAUGACUAUAAUAUCAUAGCUAGCAGUGGUUCAACAAUGGCUUACGUAGAUCAAGCUUAUUGGUUUAAAGCAUCUGGUGUUCCUCUUGGUGGAAUGGGUAUCCAGAGUCAUUUUGGAGCUUACGUGGACGUCUCUAGUGUCAAACGUCGAUUAGAUGAAAUUGCUACCGUUGGUUUACCCAUCUGGAUCACAGAGUUGGAUAUUUCCGAACCAGAUGAACAUAAAAAGGCUCAGAAAUACGAAGAUCUCAUGAGAUUAUACUUCAGUCACCCAGCAGUUAAAGGAGUUAUGUUCUGGGGAUUCUGGGAUGGCAGACAUUGGCGACCUCAAGCCGCUCUUGCUAACGGAAACAAUGUCACGCCGAAUGCAGCUGGACGAAAAGUUCAGGAACUGUUGAAACGAACCUGGAGAACCAACGAAAGUCACAAUAUUGGUCAUGGUCAAACCGUUCACAUUCGAGCAUUUAAAGGUUCUUAUAAAUUAUUGGUACGUCAUAAUGGUCAUGUGAUUCAUACUCAAAACUUUAGCUUGGGAGGAAAUGGAAACAAUUUAAAGAUUAAUCUUAGUGGUUCUGGCUCUAAUCCACACGUAGACCAUGUUCUUAUUGGCUGAACAUCUUGAAUGGUUGUAUGCUAAAACUAACAACAAUCAAUAAAAACAAGAGAAUCAAA